AUGUGGGGCUUCAGAAGCACCGACAGCAGUAAGGAGGAGGUCACGUCCCUGAAACCGGAACUCAGCUUUGAGGAGCUGGAACAGAGGCUUGAUAGUUUUUCUCAGAGAAAGGAUAACCUGCAGGAACUAAUGGUUGAAUUUAAAGAGACUUUACGGCUAGAGCUGGAGGUGGAUGCAGGCUUCAGAAUAAUGUCCCUGUCUCACUCCAGAGGGUCCUCUCCUCGUGAAGAACAUGGUUUGGAAGAAGAAGCUUUGCCUGCAGCAGAGAGAAUUCAGGCUCCAGUGGUCUCCUGUCAGGCAGCUGAAUACAUUGGCAUGGUGCCUUGGGCUUCUAAGGAACCAGUGGAGCCACAGAUAAGCAGAGGCCUAGGGGACCAAAGAGAAGUUGGAGAGGGCAUGGCGCAUGAAGCUGCAAUACAGGUGCCACAGCGGGAAACCCCUGAACAAGGGGAGAUGCAUGCGACUGCACUGGGCGAACAUUGUGGGGCCAUUUUACAGAAUCCCAAGAAGGAGGAAUCUUUUGAGGUGGAGUACGGACCAAGAAACAAUUCUGUGGAAAUCCAAGGCAGUAAAAACCACCAAGGACCCCAAAUAUGGUCCAAUCCACGUACAGAAAAGAAACCCCACAAGUGCCCUGUGUGUGGGAAGAGCUUCCGCCGGUUUUCGACCCUGAUUACCCACCGGCGCAUCCAUACCGGAGAGAGGCCUUAUGAAUGCCACCAGUGUGGGAAGAGCUUCAACCAGACAUCCAACCUUUUCCGGCAUUUGAAAAUCCACACAGGCGAGAAACCCCAUGCUUGCCCUGAGUGUGGGAAACGGUUCAGUUUUGUCUCAGAUGUUGCCAAACACCAGAAAAGCCACAUAGCAGAAAAAUCUCUGACAUGUUCUGUGUGUCAGAGAGGUUUCAGGGACCGCUUAACCCUGGUUAAACACCAACGGACUCAUGGAAGUACAAAAGCCUACAAGUGUCCUGACUGCGGCAAAGGUUUUAGGUUUAAUUGCUUCCUCACGGCCCAUCGGAGGAGGCACACAGGGGAGAAACCAUACAAAUGUGCCGAGUGUGGGAAAAACUUCAGUUCUCACUCAGCCCUUCUUACUCAUCGCAGAGUCCACACAGAUGAGAAACCCUAUAAAUGUUCUGACUGUGGCAAGAGCUUCAGUCAGAAUUCAACUCUGAAGACCCACCGACGAAUUCAUACAAAUGAGAAACCCUAUGAAUGUCCAGGCUGUGGGAAAUGCUUCGGCCAGCGUUCCACUCUUAUUAAACAUGAGAUAAUCCACACAGGUGAGAAACCCUACCAGUGCACUGAAUGCGGCAAGAGCUUCAAUCGGAGCUCAGCCCUUCUAGCACAUAAAAGAAUUCACACAGGAGAGAAACCUUUUGAAUGCCCAGACUGUGGGAAGAGCUUUACUCAGAAUGGACAUCUUAAUAGACACCGGAGAGUCCACACCAAAGACAAAGGAAGCCAGUAAAGGAGUUCCUUCCUAGGCUGGAAAUGGAAAUUUGUGCUUAUUAAUAGAACUGUAGUUGACGAUGCUUGGUUAGAUAGCCAGUUCACUGGCUGUUCAAGCUUUCAUGGAGCCAUUUGGAACAAAGAAAAUGCAGUCAUUGGGUCUGGGGGAAGUUCUGCCUUGGAUGUAUAGGAUAUUAAAGAAAUUGUCCAUCCCCCUCCCCCGAUGCAGCCAUUUCCCCCCAUUAAUGUUAUCUGUGAUGGGAAUGCUUACCUGGCUGUCUUCCUCUCCAGAAAUCUUCAUAUUAACAUCUUUCUCCUAAAUUUCCUUCCUGGUUUUUUAUCAAUAUAUUUAAUUCUCAGCAUGGCCAAAUCUGUGGACAUUUAAAUAUGAGGACUGGAGACAUAAACAGAAGAGGUAUUUCAAAAAUCCCCAGGUUUGCAGAAAAAUCUGAAAUCUUAAAAAACAACAGCACUGAAGGGCUAAUACCC